AUGGCCUCAGCAGGGACCGAGAGGCGACCGGGAGCCCAAGAGGGGACAGCAGAGGAGGGGCCUGCACAGCUCUCGGAGGCACCCCGUGGCCACGUUCAGAGCUCUGAGUGUCCAGUAAUGGGAAACCAGGGCCCGGUGUCAGCUCAUGAGGCCUGUGGGACUCAGGGUGAAGACAAGCGUCCAACAGGACCAGUCUCAGAGCCGGAGCUCCAGGAGGAACGACUCAAGCUGGAGGAAGAGCGGCUCAAGCCAGAGGCGGAGGCACUAGAGGAGCAAGGCCCCAGGCCCCUGGCCUCUGUUGUGAGGUCCAGUCAUGGUCCCAAGAGGAAGCCAGUCAACCUCCUGUCCCCCAGCCUCCCAGGGCCUAGUCACCAAGCCCAUCCCAGGGCUGAAGCUGAGCUGCCCCAGGGGCUGCCGCUGCAGAGGGAGGACCUGGAGGGUAGCCAGAGCGAGCCUUCACCGUCUGCCAAACAGCACAAGAAAGCCAAGAAACGCAAGAGUCUGGGGGCCCCAGUGCUCCCAGCUGUGGCCAGCACAGUGUCUGCACCCUCAGAGACCUUGGGGCUAGAGCGAAAGGCCCAACGCUUACGGCCCCUGUACCAGUACAUCAACUAUUGCAACCCUGAGCUGAACGAGGCAGCGCAAGUGGAUAGGGAGGCCGAGGCCGAGGUGGAACCUGAGUCAGACCCAACCCUGGCCCCCAAGGAGGCAUGUGUGGAACAACUGCCAGCCUUGCUGCCGGUGGCAGGUGAGCUGGACGCAGGCCUCACGCUGCCCUGCCCCAGUAUGUUCGUGUCUCCCACCCAUGCUCUGGUUCCUCCUGGAGAGGAGGCCGGAGAGGAGCCUGGGGGUUUGCCCAGCUUGGGGGUCAGUGGCCUCAAGACGGAGAUGGAUAAGUCAACUCAAGUGGACAUCAGCAAGAUGCUAAGUGUCUGUGCUGCCCCACUUGUACCCCCUCUCUCUCCUCAGUACAAGUGA